CUUCAGAAGGUGGAAGAAAUUAGGUGUGUUGAAAAUUGAUAUUCUGGAAAAAAGGGAAAAAGAGGAAUCCUGUAAGAAAGAAUGGGCUGUGCCACCAGCAGUGCACAGGGAAGACGCAGCUUUACCCACAAGGACCAAAGUAAUCAGCUGCCCCGUGAAACUAUACUUCAGCAAGUGCAGUUUGAUAAUCAGAUGUCAUCAUUCGAAUUCUCUCAGGAUGAGAAGAGAGUUGUAGCGUUGUAUGACUAUGAACCAACAAGUGAACGUGAUCUAAGAUUAAAGAAAGGAGAACAAUUUAUUGUCAUAACAGAACAAGGAGAUUGGUGGAAGGCAAGGUCAUUGGUUUCUGGCAAAGAAGGAUUUGUCCCCAGUAACUUUCUAGCAAGGGUGGCUUCAUUAGAAGUGGAAAAAUGGUUCUUCAGAGAAAUAACCCGCAAAGAUGCUGAGAGGCAAUUGUUAGCACCAGGCAAUAAGUUAGGAUCUUUUCUAAUCCGAGAGAGUGAAACUAAUAAAGGUGGCUUUUCACUUUCUGUGAGGGACUGUGACUCUAGACAUGGUGAUAUAGUGAAGCACUACAAGAUUAGAACCCUUGACACUGGUGGUUAUUAUAUCACUCCCAGAGCCACAUUCCCUAAUUUACAAAAACUUGUUUACUAUUAUUCAAAAAAUUCAGAUGGUUUAUGCCAACGUCUGACUAAACCAUGCCCAAUGCUCACUCCUCAGAAGCCAUGGUGGCCUGAUGAGUGGGAAAUCCCAAGAGAAUCCUUGACGAUGUUAACUAAAUUGGGCGCUGGACAGUUUGGAGAAGUCUGGAUGGGCCACUAUAAGGACAAUAUCAAGGUUGCUAUUAAAAUGCUGAAAGAAGGUAGCAUGUCUCCUGAGGCAUUCUUGGCAGAAGCCAAUCUAAUGAAGACACUUCGACACGACAAGCUGGUGCAGCUGUAUGCCGUUGUAACGAAAGAGCCCAUCUACAUAGUGACAGAAUACAUGGCAAAAGGUAGCUUGCUUGACUUCUUAAAGACUGAUGAAGGAAGUAAGAUUCAACUAGCAAAGUUAAUUGACAUGACUGCGCAGAUUGCAGAGGGGAUGGCAUACAUUGAAAAGAAAAAUUACAUCCACAGGGACCUGCGAGCUGCCAAUAUUCUAGUAUCAGAUACUUUGAUCUGUAAAAUUGCAGACUUUGGUCUUGCAAGGCUUAUAGAUAAUGAAUACACAGCGCGAGAAGGUGCCAAAUUCCCAAUCAAAUGGACAGCACCAGAGGCUAUUAAUUAUGGCACGUUUACAAUUAAGUCUGACGUCUGGUCCUUUGGAAUACUUUUAACAGAGAUUGUAACAUAUGGAAGAGUGCCAUAUCCAGGUAGUGUAGAAAUUGCACUGGACAUCUGGAUUUUUAGAGGCUUAAUGUAG